AUGAGCACUUCAGCCUGGGGCAAAUUCGUUUUGCUCCUGUGGAAGAACUGGAUCAUCACCAAGCGGCACUAUCUGCAAACAUUUUUCGAGAUCAUUAUCCCGUUACUAGCAUGCGUACUGUUAAUAGUGGUCCGGGGAUUAGUUGACGCGGAUGAAUUCGAAAAGCCCACCGUAUUCAAUCCUCUCGAGCUGAAUACGAUAUCACAUCUAAGGCUCAAUAAUGAAAUCGAUCCGCCUAUCAUCUACUCGGUGGCUUACUCGCCCGAGAAUCCCAUGCUGCAAAAUCUUGUGCAGCGGUCUUUGUCGUAUUUGGACGAAAAUUUACAAGUACUACCUUUUGCUAAUGCUCAAUCCAUGCAAGCGAAUCUUCAGGUGAACAACGUGCUAGUUGGCGUUGAAUUUCCAGAUGCCUAUGUUAGCCUAUCGCAGCUGCCAGAACAGACAAUAAUGUCAUUGCGUUAUCCAAGCGAGAUGAGAACGUUCCGUGAGACGGGAUCGGAGUUUUGGAACAACUGGCAAACGGAACGCCAGUUUCCUCCAUUUCAAGUACCAGGUGCACGUCAGUACGAACGUGACGAUGCUGGCUAUCCAGCGAAUUACUACAACGAAACAUUCCUUCAAAUUCAGAGUGCUAUUUCUAGAUCGAUUUUGCAAGAGCGAGCCCCUAACUUUCAAUUUCCGGACGUGUAUCUAAGUCGCUACCCGUACCCCCCGUUUUAUAGCGAUCUGUUGCUCACGGGGCUUGAGAAUUUGCUUCCAUUGAUCAUUGUGAUAGCAUUCUUUUACACCUGCAUUAACACGGUCAAGUACAUCACCGUGGAGAAGGAGCGUCAGUUAAAGGAAGCAAUGAAAAUUAUGGGCCUGUCUAGUUGGCUGCACUGGACGGCGUGGUUUGUGAAGUGCAUUAUUCUGCUGAUAAUUUCGAUAUCCAUGAUCACGAUCCUGCUUUGCGUUAGCAUAACGUCCAACACGGAUCUGGCGAUAUUUACCUUUUCCAACUGGUUUGCGAUUUGGUUCUACCUGUUCAUGUACAGCUUGGCAACGAUCACGUUCUGCUUUAUGAUGAGUACAUUCUUCUCCAAAGCGAACACAGCUUCCGGCAUCGCGGGGCUGAUGUGGUUUGUGUUUGUGAUGCCGUACAACAUCGCUUUCUCGAACUACGAUACAAUGUCACUGUCGGCAAAGCUAGCGCUUUGCUUAUUUCACAAUUCGGCCAUGUCUUUCGGGUUCAUGCUCAUCAUGCGCCACGAAGGCACCAGCAAUGGUUUGCAGUGGUCCAACAUGUUCGAUCCGGUGACGGUGGACGAUGACCUGAGUGUGGGGGCUACUAUGAUGAUGUUGCUGGCUGACACCGUGAUCUAUCUCGUGAUCGCACUAUACGUAGAGAAGGUGUUUCCGGGAGAGUACGGCGUGGCAGAACCAUGGUAUUUCCCCGUAACCAAGAAAUUUUGGACCAACAAGGUUGCUCCGGUUGAUGAUGCGAACAAUGAGCAGUUGCCAGACGAAAGCUCAAGCAAUGUGGAAGCCGAACCCGUGGGCAAGUAUGCUGGUGUUCGCAUCAACGGUCUCCGGAAGGUGUUCAACAAAACCAAGGUAGCUGUCAAAGGGCUGCACUUGAGCAUGUUUGAGGAUCAGAUUACGGUGCUACUGGGCCAUAACGGUGCAGGCAAGACGACUACCAUGUCGAUGUUGACGGGAGUGUUUUCACCCACCUCUGGGACGGCGCUCAUUAACAACUGCGACAUUCGGUCCAAUAUAGAAGGGGCACGUAAAUCUUUGGGCCUUUGCCCUCAACACAAUGUCCUGUUCAAUGAAAUGACGGUUUCGGAACAUAUUAAGUUUUUCGCUCGAUUAAAAGGCGUCGAAAGCAAGAACAUACCUCAGGAGAUAGACCAUUAUGUUUCGGUGCUACAGCUGGAAGACAAACGACACUCCCAGAGCCACACACUCUCCGGUGGCAUGAAGCGUAAGUUGGCCGUUGGAGUAGCCCUGUGUGGUGGUUCAAAGGUGGUGUUCUGCGAUGAGCCAACGUCCGGUAUGGAUCCAACUGCCCGUCGCGCGUUGUGGGACCUGCUUAUACAGGAGAAGAAGGGUCGCACUAUUCUACUAUCAACGCACUUUAUGGACGAAGCGGAUAUAUUGGGUGAUCGUAUUGCAAUUAUGGCCGACGGAGAGCUCAAGGCAGCAGGAUCAUCAUUUUUCUUGAAAAAACGCUUUGGAGUAGGCUAUCGUUUAAUCUGCGUUAAGGACGACGCGUGUGAUUCGAAGCGCGUCACAUCGCUGAUGCGACAGCACAUUCCCAAUAUCGAGGUGGACACGGACAUCGGUACGGAACUGUCAUACGUGUUGGACGACAACUACACGGCCGUGUUUCAACCGCUUCUGCAAGAUCUCGAGAAUCAUUCGGCAUCGAUUGGGAUCAGCAGCUACGGCAUCUCGCUGACAACACUGGAGGAGGUGUUCCUUCGCGUCGGUAGUGAUUCUCACGCGUUGGACAAAAAGGCUUACGAUCCAGAUUCUGCUCAAGCAAACGCGAUUGAGCCAUCGAAUGGUUCAACUGUCACACUUACCCUCGAGCCAGAUCAGAAGUUCAUCAGUGGAUUUCCUUUGCUGAUUAACCAGCUGCAGGCAAUGCUGCUCAAGAAAGCGAUCGCUACGAAACGUAGCUGGAUCGCGCUCCUGAUUCAGAUCUUUAUACCGAUCUUUUUUGUCAUCAUGACGAUCGUAAUUGUGCGUUCCUUUCCGGAUUCCCUAUCGCUGCCGCCACUAACUAUCGGUUUUAACAAUUACGAAACCACAGUAACGGUGCUAGAAGGUACGUCAAGUGACACGAGUAUAAUACAGGCGUAUCAGCAGCUUUUCGAAGGAACUGGCUCAGAUCAAACAUUGCUAACGAUCUCGGAGCCGAUGGUGGACUACAUUCUGCGACGAUACGAUCAAAAUCUACCAGAGGUUAACAACCAGUUCAUGGUAGGAGCGUCGAUCACACCAACCAACCAUACCAUUUGGUUCAAUGCUCAGAGCUUCCAUACGGCACCUCUAGCAGUGAACACGUUCUACAAUGCCAUGUUGCGUUCAGUCUGCUCCCAGUGUUCAAUUCUGCUGACCAACCAUCCACUGCCAUUCCGUCCUGAAACCAGGUUCACACAACUUCAGGGAGGCAACAAUAUGGGAUUCCAGCUUGCAUUCAAUACGGGUUUUGCGAUGGCGUUUGUUGCGGCGCUGUACAUCAUGUUCUACAUCAAGGAACGUGUUACCCGAUCGAAAUUGUUGCAGUUCGUAAGCGGCGCCAAUGUGCUCGGUUUCUGGAUGGUAUCAUUCCUCUGGGACUUCAUGACGUUCUUUGUGACGAUUAUGUUUUACGUUGCGGUACUGGCAGCGUUCCAGGAGGAAGGCUGGUCAACUGGAGAAGAAAUUGGCCGAGUGAUUCUCGUCAUGGUUGUGUUCGGAUUUGCCUUCCUGCCGUUCACUUAUCUUCUAUCGUUUGCAUUCGAUAUACCGGCUAGUGGAUUCGUCAGGGUGAUGAUACUAAACAUCUUCACGGGAACGAUCUUCUUCAUGACCGUGUUUCUGCUACUGUUCGAUGGAUUCGACCUGCAGCAUGUCGCCGAGGGUAUGGAGUGGGCCUUCAUGAUAUUCCCGCUGUUCGCCCUUAGUCAUUCGCUCAGUAAUAUGAACAUUGCCGUCGCAACGCAGCAGGUGUGUGAUACGCAGUGCGCGCUCAUUCCCAACUGCACGGCCCAGAUACUUUGCCAAGCAUUUCCCCCGUGUUGCAAUACCGAAAUAUUUACCUUCGAACGAACCGGGAUCAGUCGCAAUCUGAUAUAUCUUUUCGUGUUGGGUCUGGUUUCUUUCAUCCUACUCAUGUGUAUCGAAUAUCGUGUGAUUGACCGCGUUUUUCGACGUAAAUCAAAGCAGGCUGCCCCACCAAGCGAGUCGGAUGAUAUCGAUUCGGACGUCCGAUCGGAGAAACUACGCGUCCGCGGAUUCACGGAGGGUGAAAUUGUCGCCAACAACCUGGUCCUGCGGGAUGUUACGAAGUACUACAAAAAGUUUCUUGCUGUAAAUCAACUAUCGCUAGCAGUGGAGCAUUCGCAAUGUUUCGGCCUGCUGGGGGUGAAUGGCGCCGGUAAGACGAGCACCUUCAAGAUGAUGACCGGGGAUGAGAACAUCUCGUUCGGGGAGGCCUGGGUUAACGGAGUGAGCUUGAAGGCCAACAUGAACGAGGUGCACCGUCGCAUUGGCUACUGUCCCCAGUUUGAUGCGCUUAUCGACGACCUGACUGGGCGCGAAACAUUGAAAAUAUUUGCCCUUCUGCGAGGAAUUCCAAAGUCAGACAUAUCGACUCUCUCAAAUCGCCUGGCGGAGGAAUUGAACUUUGCCAAGCACAUUGACAAACAGACCAAAGCCUACAGUGGAGGUAACAAGCGGAAGCUAAGCACAGCCCUGGCCUUAAUGGGCGAUCCGGCUGUGGUAUAUUUAGACGAACCAACCACCGGUAUGGAUCCGGGAGCCCGACGACAGUUGUGGGACGUUGUAUGCAAGGAGCGAGCAGCAGGAAAAGCUAUCGUCCUAACGUCGCACAGCAUGGAGGAAUGCGAAGCGCUCUGCACCCGACUGGCCAUCAUGGUGAACGGCGAGUUCAAGUGCCUCGGAUCUACACAACAUUUGAAAAAUAAGUUCUCCAACGGGUACUUUCUGACGAUAAAACUAAAACGAACGGAAGGUUCCGGCGAAGAUCGCAUGAACGACGUUAAACAGUACAUUGAGCAGCAGCUUCCAGAAGCAGAAAUAAAGGAAGAAUAUCUAGAUUCGGUAACAUACCAGAUCCCUUCAGCAAACACACAAUGGUCGACUAUGUUCGGAAUCAUGGAGAACGCCAAGACAGUACUUGAUAUUGAAGAUUAUGCGCUUGGCCAGACUUCACUCGAGCAGGUGUUUCUGUUUUUCACAAAGUUCCAACGACAAACCGAUUAG